GCGGUCUCGUGCGAAGGCGGCGAUCAGCGUGGCUGGUCCAGCGGAGAGAUGGGGGCGGGGGCGUCUGCCUAAAUCCAAACUCCUUUCCCGGGACUGAAAGUGAAGCCCCCCCCCGCCCCACCCCCACCUCUUGGGUCCGGUUGUAGUCCCCCCCCCCGCCACCUUUACGUUUCUUUGCACAGAGGCUGUUGCAAAACCCGGUCUGCCUUAGAAGAAAUGCCCCCCCCCCCCCGUCUUGAGUGAUGCUGAUCAGAUCCGAUGCGAGAAUCGGAAGACUUGAAGCAAACGGGGAGGGGGGGGGGGGGGGGGUCGCCUCCCCUAUUUGGCCAGGGGUCUUAUUCCUUUAACCCUGGUGGGAUGGGGAGCCAGUCAGCGCAAGAAGCAGCAUCUGUUGGAUUUCUGCCCAUCAUACCAGGGGUUGCAGGGAUGGAUUCCGCAGACAGGAGGACAAGGGGAAGCGAACAAAAAUCGAGGAAAUUUUUAAAAAGCCUUAUCCGGAAGCAGCCCCGGGACCUUCUGUUGAUGAUCGGAGCGCGGGGUGGAAGAGUGCUCAGUAGCCCCCCCGGAAUCAGCCAUUUCUCCCCGGCCUCCUGGCGGAGCUGCAUUGAAGCCGCCAUCGAAGCAGCCGACCAGGGCUUAGAGGUGCUGCAACCCCAGGGACGCGUGGCUGAGUUCCGCAAGAAAGUGGCGAAGGACCGAGAUUUACUGGUGGUUGCCCACGAUUUAAUCCGAAAGAUGUCACCGCGCACAGGUGAUGCCAAACCCAACUUUUUCCAGGAUUGCCUGAUGGAGGUUUUUGACAGUUUGGAGCAACACAUUCAGAAUCCUGUUGUUUUGCAGUCAAUCCUCCAACUGAUGGAGAGAGGUACUAUGGUGCUCACCACCAACUAUGACAACUUACUUGAAAUCUUUGGCCAGCAACAGGGUAAACCAAUGGAAUCUCUGGACUUGAAAGAUAAGGACAAGGUUCUCCAGUGGGCGAAGGGUCACAUCAAGUACGGUGUUCUUCACAUUCACGGCUUGUACACCGAUCCCUGCGGAAUGGUAUUGGAUCCUUCAGGAUAUAAAGACGUUACUCAAGACCCUGAAGUGAUGGAGGUCUUACAGAACCUAUACCGUACAAAAUCAUUUCUGUUUCUGGGCUGCGGAGAGACCCUGCGGGAUCAGAUAUUCCAAGCUCUCUUUCUCUACACUGUCAAAAACAAAGUGGAUUUAGAACAUUACAUGUUGGUGCUCAAAGAAAACGAAGACCAGUUUUUUAAGCUUCAGGCAGAUAUGCUUCUACACGGCAUCAAAGUAGUAUCCUAUGGGGAUUGUUUUGAAAGUUUCCCAGAGUAUGUUGAAGAUCUCACCACUCGGAUUUGCCAUCAGAAGAGUCCAGAUCCUGAACAAGUGGACAGUACAACGGUUCUUGGUCAAGAACUUCAUGUGCAGACUGUGCAAAAAGGAAGUCAGGGGACUGCAGCACUGAUCCUAAGAGAGCAAGGCCACCUGACACUGGUACUGCUGAAGAUGGUGUCCUUCCAUGAAUAUUGUGAUCAUAUAACUUGAAAAGCAGCUGUCUACUACAAUUGUGCCAUCUGCUUAUAUCACAAUCAAAAUGAUGUAGAAAAGGACCUUUUAAAUUCACAUGAAUUAAAACCAGAUGAAGUCAUGGAUUCCUUCAGAAUUGCUUCAGAAGGGAUCCUUUGCAGUACGUUCCGACACGCCAGGAUAUGUACAUUUCAUGAGUAUUGUCGAAGGCUUUCACGGCCGGAUUCAACGGGUUGUGGUGGGUUUUCCGGGCUGUGUGGCCAUGGUCUGGUGGAUCAUAUAGGAACAAGAUCCACCAGACUGCAGCCACACAGCCUGGAAAACCCACCACAACUCAUUCAUGAGUAUUCUUUAGCCAACUACCUCAGGGAUUUAUUUCAGAUACUACAUGAAACAGGGCACUCUAAUCUGGACAAGAACAUUUAGCUUUUAUCUAUUUUGAACCUGACUGAUCGUACGUAACAUAGCAAAGUCAACUUACUUAUGUAGAUUUUAUAAUUUUCUAGUCAAAAUAUAGAUAAGGCAGACAAUUUUCUGUCUAAAUGAAAAGGGGAUCAUUAAUGGCUGUUUUGUGCAUUCAUUUUAAUAAAAAAUAUUAAAUAAGA